CUAGAAAGCUCUCCAGAUGAAAUGGUGUCUCUGGAAGAAUCUGGAGAUUGUCAGCUACGGCAGAUGUUUAUUGUUUCAGGCCUUUGCUCUGCUCCUGAAGAUUCUGGAGCAUAUCCUGUGGUUUAUUUUUCUCCGGCCGCCCAGAGGCCAGAAAUGAUGUUGCUUUGGGAAAGGGGAGGGGAGCAUCUG